AUGUCGCUCGUGUCCGGCGAGAAGACGAACUUCCAGUACAUCCUUCGUCUGCUCAACACCAAUGUUGACGGCAAGGAGAAGAUCAUGUACGCCUUGACUCAGGUCAAGGGUGUCGGUCGCCGUUACUCCAACUUGGUCUGCAAGAAGGCCGAUGUUGACCUCAACAAGCGUGCUGGUGAACUCACCACCGAAGAGCUCGAGCGCAUUGUCACCAUCCUCCAGAACCCCACCCAGUACAAGAUCCCCAGCUGGUUCCUGAACAGACAGCGCGACAUCGUCGACGGCAAGGACUACCAGGUCCUCUCCAACGGUCUCGACAGCAAGUACCGUGAGGAUCUCGAGCGCCUCAAGAAGAUCCGCUCCCACCGCGGUCUCCGUCACUACUGGGGUCUCCGUGUCCGUGGUCAGCACACCAAGACCACCGGUCGCCGUGGUCGCACCGUCGGUGUCAGCAAGAAGAAGGGAUAA